CAUCUGUCAUUUUAUCAUUAUCUCUGCGUCAUUUUCUCUCACAAAAACCCUUUGGCUACUGCUUUGAUUUCGUGUACCCCCAAAUCUCCUCCUAUCUUUCAACUUUACUCUUACCCCAACACAACUCUUUGUAGUCAUGUCUGAGGGAGAGAAAGUUUUGCCUACUGCAUCAGCAGAUGAGAAGUCUGGGGCAUCUGAGAAUAAAAAAUCUUCUGAGUCUUCCUCCACAGAAGCACCAUCAGGAGAGGCGAGAACAACCUCUACGGCUGCGGCUGGAGCUGGGCUUCAAAAUCCCUUUGAUUUCUCAGCCAUGUCUGGACUACUUAAUGACCCAAGUAUCAAAGAACUAGCGGAGCAGAUAGCGAAAGAUCCUGCAUUUAAUCAGAUGGCGGAGCAGCUUCAGAAGACCUUUCAAGGUGCUGCAGUCGAAGAGAGCGUCCCCAACUUUGAUAGCCAACAAUACUAUUCCACAAUGCAACAGGUUAUGCAAAAUCCUCAAUUUAUGACAAUGGCUGAGCGGCUUGGUAAUGCGUUGAUGCAGGAUCCAUCCAUGUCUGGCAUGCUUGAGAGUUUGUCAAACCCUGCUCAGAAGGAGCAAAUUGAAGAACGAAUGGCACGCAUCAAAGAAGACCCAUCGCUGAAACCGAUUUUGGAAGAGAUAGAGAGCGGGGGACCAGCUGCAAUGAUGAGGUAUUGGAAUGAUCAAGAAACACUGAAGAAAAUUGGUGAAGCAAUGGGUUUUGCUGCUGGGGGAGAGGGUGCUACCUCUUCCGCAAUACCUGGGACCGAUGAAACCGAAGAGGCUAAUGAAGAUGAAUCUGUUGUUCACCAGUGUGCUAGUGUUGGUGAUGCAGAGGGCUUGAAGGCUGCACUAACUGCUGGUGCUGAUAAAGACGAAGAAGACUCAGAAGGAAGGACGGCAUUGCAUUUUGCUUGUGGAUAUGGCGAGGUGAAGUGUGCUCAGAUUCUUCUGGAAGCUGGGGCAAAGGUUGAUGCCUUGGACAAGAAUAAGAAUACUGCUCUUCACUAUGCUGCUGGAUAUGGUAGGAAGGAGUGUGUCGCGCUGCUGCUAGAGAAUGGAGCCGCUGUAACUCUCCAAAACUUGGAUGGUAAGACACCGAUCGAUGUGGCCAAACUCAACAACCAGCAGGAGGUCCUGAAGCUGCUCGAGAAAGAUGUGUUUCUGUGAACUGGGGAGGGAUGUCACAGGGUUUUAUUGUCGAGCCACAGUAUUUUGAGGAACUAAGGGGUCUUAUUCAUGGUUGAUUUGCUUCUUAAGUUAUCUUUGCUGGUGUAUCAUUUAUAGUUUUGGUGUUUUUCUAAGAAUUGCCUGUUCAAAAGAUUCCUGUUUUUUUUUUUGUAUUUGUAACAUCGUUAUCACCAAUGUUACAUUAACUGUCAACUAUUUUUUUCGAAUUGUCUAUCAAACUUCCGUA